CGCAGGGAGAUUUAUGACAAAGUCCAGUUUUCAACAAUGCUGAAAUCAAAUGAUUGCUUGCUUUCCUUGGAUAAUUUGUUUUUUGAAAAACCAGAUGAAGUUGAAAACCAUCCAGAUAAUGAAAAGUCAUUAGAUUGGUUUCUCCCUCCUGCUCCAUUGAUUUCAGAAAUUCCAGAUACUCAGGAGUUAGAUGAAGAAUUAGAAAGUCAUAAACUGUGAGGUCAGGAAAAGAGGCCAAAAAUGCUAACAUCAAAUUUAAAGAUAACUAAUGAAGACACAAAUUAUAUUUCGCAAAGACAAAAAUUCCAAUUUGCCUUUCCUUCUAAUAAGUAUGAACAGGAUGAUCUAAAUUUAGAAGGGGUAGGUAAAAAUGACUUAUCACAUGUUGCUGGCAAGCUGACAUAUGGUUCUCAGAAAUAUAAAAAUCACAUUGGCACUGAGAUAGCACCUGAGAGGAGUGUUCCUGAUGAUACAAAAUUAGUUAAUUUUGCAGAAGAUAAAGGAGAGAGCACAUCAGUAUUCUGGAAAAGAUUAUUUAAAAUAUCUGACAGUAUAUAUGGGAGUGCUUAUUCUAAUGAAAGUGAAUUGGACUCUCACAUUGGCUCAGUGAAAAUUGUACAAACAGAAAUGAACAAAGGGAAAUUAAGGAACUAUAGCAAUAGUAGGCAGAAAUUUCAAUAUUCUGCAAAUGUGUUUACAGCAGAUAAUGCUUUUUUUGCUUCUGAAAUCGGAGAAGGCAUGUUCAGACCAUCUUUUCCAGUUGCUUUCCAGCCUCAUGAUAUUCAAAAGGUAACAGAAAAUGGUUUAGGUUCCUUGAAGGCUGUCACAGAAAUUCUGGCAAAAUUUAGAAGUGUUUUCAAAGAAUUUCCAUAUUUCAACUAUAUACAGUCCAAAUAAAAUACAUCCUUUGAUGAUGUUUGUGCAACAAAGAAGGGUAUGCAACAGGCUGCUUCUAUUCUUGUGAAAGAUGCUAAAUUUAUUAUGACUGUGGUACAGAAACAGUGGUUACAGAAGUAUGCAUAUUCCAUAAGAGAUUCAAAACUGAGAGAUAUCUUAAAAGAUGGUGCUGCUUAUCAUCAUGCUGGUAUGGAGCUGUCAGAUAGAAAAGUAGUUGAAGGAGCUUUUACUGUUGGAGAUUUACCAAUUCUUUUUACUACCAGUACUUUAGCUAUGGGAGUACAUUUGCCUGCUCACCUAGUAGUUAUAAAAUCUACAAUGCAUUAUGCUGGAGGACUGUUUGAAGAGUACAGUGAAACAGAUAUUCUACAGAUGAUUGGUAGAGCUGGUCGACCUCAAUUUGACACUACAGCUACUGCAGUUAUCAUGACUCGAUUAAGCACAAGAGACAAGUACAUUCAGAUGUUAGUUUGUAGAGACACUGUAAAAAGCAGUUUGCACAGACAUCUUAUUGAACAUUUAAAUGCAGAGAUAGUACUGCAUACCAUCGCGGAUGUGAAUAUUGCUUUGGAAUGAAUACGAUCAACUUUGCUUUAUAUCAGAGCGUUGAAAAAUCCAUCUCAUGCAGGUUUUGCAUCUGGAUUGAACAAAGAUGGAAUUGAAGCAAAAUUACAAGAAUUAUGUUUGAAGAAUCUGAAUGAUUUAUCAUCCCUGGACUUAAUAAAGAUGGAUGAAGGUGUUAAUUUCAAACCAACUGAGAUAGGGGGUCUAGUUUCAUUUUUCUACAUAGGAAAUAAACAAAAAAUAGACUUCUUUAAAUGGACAACUGCUGAAAUGUUAUAGGUUACAUUGAUAGCCAGCUGCAAGGAAUUUCUAGAUAUACAGUUAAAUAAUGAAAAGAAAACACUGAAUACUUUGAACAAAGAUCUAAAUUGGAUAACUACCAGAUUCCCAAUGGAAGGAAGAAUUAAAACAAAAGAAAUGAAAGUAAAUUGUCUUAUUCAGGCUCAACUAGGAUGCAUUCCCAUACAAGAUUUUGCUUUGACACAAAAUACCGCAAAGAUUUUCAGACAUGGCUCCCGAAUUACAAGACGGUUAUCAGAUUUUGUAGCUGCUCAAGAAAAGAAGUUCACCGUACUAUUGAAUAGUUUGAUUUUAGCUAAAUGUUUUAGGUGUAAACUUUGGGAAAACUCUCUGCAUGUAUCCAAACAACUGGAAAAAAUUGGUGUAACAUUGUCAAAUGCAAUCAUAAAUGCUGGUUUGACUUCCUUUAAAAAAAUAGAAGAGACAGAUGCAAGGGAACUUGAAUUAAUUUUAAAUAGACAUCCCGCUUUGGAACCCAGAUAAAAGAAACUGAUGUAUCUACCAAAAUAUGGACUUAAAGUGGAUCAGAUUACAAGAUAUAGUGAUACGAUGGCAGAAAUAUUAGUAACUGUUAUUUUAAGAAACUUUGAACAGCUACAAACUAAAAGAACAGCAUUGGAUUCUCACUAUGUUACCUUAAUUAUAGGUGAUGCAGAUAAUGAAGUAGUUUAUCUGCACAAGAUUAUGGAUUCUGUUUUGCUAAAAGCUGGAAAUUGGGCUAAAAAGAUUGCUGUGAAGAGAGCUCUUAAAUCUGAAGAUCUUAGCAUAAAUCUAUUAAGUUCUGAAUUUGUUGGGCUUGAUGUUCAGCAGAAAUUUACAGUCUUUUACUUGGAACCCAAGAGGUUUGGAAAUGAAAUGACUAUGCAAAGAAAAUCUGAAACACAGAUUUCCCAUUCUAAACUUUCAGAUAGAUCUACAAUAGCAGGAUCUAAUAAAGGAAUGACUGCCAGCAAAAAACCUGGGAACCGAGAAUGCAAUCAUCCUUGUAAAAGUAAACAUACAUGUGGACAUAACUGCUGUAAAAUUGAAAUUGCACAGAAGUCAGAAAUUAAAGAGUCAACAAUUUCUUCAUAUUUAUCUGAUUUAAGAAACAGGAACGCUGUUUCAUCUGUUCCUACAGUUAAACGUUUGAAGAUACAGAUGAGUAAAUCUCAAAGUGUGGACCUUAAAGAGUUUGGUUUUACUCCAAAACCUUCCCUUCCUAGUAUAUCGAGGUCAGAAUAUUUAAACAUAUCUGAAUUUCCUAUAAUGGAGCAGUGGGAUCAGCCUGAAAUCUAUGGAAAAGUUAGACAAGAACCAUCUGAAUAUCAAGACAAAGAAGUUUUGAAUGUGAACUUUGAAUUGGGAAAUGAAGUUCAGGAUGAUUUUGAUGAGGAAAACUUAGAAGUUACUAGCUUUUCAACUGAUACUGAGAAGACAAAAAUAUCAGGAUUUGGAAACACUUUGAGUUCAAGUACCAGGGCAAGUAAGCUACCCCUUCAAGAGUCAAAGAGCAAAUUCCAAAGAGAAAUGUCAAACAGUUUUGUUUCAUCACAUGAGAUGUCAGAUACUUCUUUAUCAAAUUCUGCUACGCCCAGGUUCAGUGCAUCCUCCAUGACAAAAUUACCUCAACAGGCCGGAAAUGCAGUUCUAGACCAUUUUCAAGAAAGAAAACUACAAAAUCUGUCACCAGAGAUUGAGAAGCUAUGCUUUACUUGCUCUGAAAAAAAACCAAAUUCUUCAAAUUAUAAAAAGGUGGAUUUUUUUAUUAGAAACAGUGAAUGUAAAAAGGAAGUUGAUUUCAGUAUGUAUCAUCCUGAUGAUGAAGCUGAUGAAAUGAAGUCUUUAUUGGGAAUAUUUGAUGGUAUUUUCUAAAACAAACAAAUACUUUUUAUAUUAAUAAGAGACAGAAUAAAGACACCUAAUCACAAAGCACGCUUUUUAUUUUUAAGAGGUAGUUCAUAAUUAUUCAGAGUUUUUUCUCCUGAAUUUGAUUAGCUUUGUUCACCUUUUGCAACAAAAUAU